GCUGGCAGCCAGGAAAUGCCCAGGAGUGUGUGUCACCUGCGCCCGCAACUUGUUGAUUCCCUGGAGCGUCGCCUGCUGGGUCUAGACUUUCUCGCCCCCUUGUCCCCUGGGCGCAGCCCUGGGGAGAUACGGAGACGCCCCGGCACAGCACUACCCUCCAACUCCACAGCCAUGAGCAAGUUGGGCAAGUUCUUUAAAGGGGGAGGCUCCUCUAGGACCCGGGCUGCUCCCAGCCCCCAGGAAGCCCUGGCCCGACUUCGGGAGACUGAGGAGAUGCUGGGCAAGAAACAAGAGUACCUGGAGAACCGAAUCCAGAGAGAACUGUCCCUGGCCAAGAAGCACGGCACGCAGAAUAAGCGAGCUGCAUUGCAGGCGCUAAAGAGAAAGAAGAGGUUGGAAAAGCAGCUCACUCAGAUCGACGGCACCCUUUCCACCAUUGAGUUCCAGAGAGAAGCUUUGGAAAACUCCCACACCAACACAGAGGUGUUGAGGAACAUGGGCUUUGCAGCAAAGGCAAUGAAAGCUGUUCAUGAAAACAUGGAUCUGAACAAAAUAGAUGACUUGAUGCAAGACAUCACAGAGCAACAGGACAUUGCCCAAGAAAUCUCAGAAGCAUUUUCUCAACGGGUUGGAUUUAACGAUGGCUUUGAUGAGGAUGAGUUGAUGGCAGAACUUGAAGAACUGGAGCAGGAGGAAUUAAACAAGAAGAUGACAAAUAUUCGGCUUCCAAAUGUGCCUUCCUCUUCUCUCCCAGCACAGCCAGAGAGAAGGCCAGCGGCAUCCUCCUUUGCACACCGAUCUCGAGCAGCCUCUUCCAGGAGGGUAGAAGACGAAGACGAUGGAAUCAAGCAAUUGGCAGCUUGGGCUACUUAAUAUAAAGUGGAAUUUCCUGAAAUCGAAAUCGAUGAACUAUGUAUGAGACAUAAAAAAUAUUUUUGCCAAGUUCAGAAGUUAACAAAGACCCUGCUUUAUAUUUACACUGGAUGAAUGAAUAAUUGUCUUUUAAGCCUCAUAAGUAAAAGUUAGGAAAGGAGUUGUGUGUAGACACCGAAUGAAGGAGGAAGAAGGACCUCCUGGUAGCUUCUGAAAGGAUCCCUCCAUGUUGAUGGUGGGGGACACACAUCUCUCUCCUCUGUUGACUCCUGUAUUUACCGUCCUUGAGUUGAUGUUCUCUCUCUAUUUGUUGAAAGCUGAAUUCUACUGACAUGUAUGAUAUGUAAUAGUUUGCAAGCCAUUUAUGAAGGACACGUUUAGGAUAGCUGGGGAAACGUCUUUUCCUAUGUGAAUGCAAGGUUGUGUGUUGUCUAUCCAUGUCGCCCAUGGUAAACCUAAAUAUGUGGAGUCUCUUUUAGGAAAGACUUCUGGUGGGGAAGUCUCCGUAAGAGUCUAUACAUACAUAGUUUCACUUGAGUCUUGCAGUUUAAAAUCUUAAAGGAGCUUUAAUUGACAUUUAUUAUGCCAAUUAAGCUUGGAAUGGGGCAAUGGAUGCAUUUCCCAAAAUGUCUGAAAGCACUAAAGGCUUACACUGCUGAGUGAGAAUCUCUGGGGUGUAAUUUAGCCACUUAGGGAGCUGCGUUAACACUCCCAGGCCAUUAUGAUGCUGUUGUGGCUUCUCUGUGUUAAAUGUGAGUGUUCAUUCUUUUCUGUUUUGUGCUCUCUUGCACUUUUUUUUUUUUUUACAAGUUCCGGGAUACACUUUGUAACUAUAUAAAAAUAUUGACAAUUCAAAGUAUGUCCUGAAUAAAAUUUUGGCCAUAAUUGUUUUUAAAUGAAGAUAAAUUAUAAGAUUAUGUAUUACUCAUAAAAUGCCAUAAACCAUAAAAUGAAAAAAUCAUUACAUAAUGUGUUCUGGUAUUCUCUACAUUUAUUUAGCAAUAUUGUGGAAUGGGAAGAACAUUAGAUGUGAAGGUAGGACUCCUAGAUUUUAGACCCUCUUCUGCAACUGGCAAAUGUCAUAAAUUCUCUGAGCCCUUGUUUCUUCAUUGGGAAAUCUAAGGGCUGGGCUGGAUGAUCCCUAAUGGUUUUCAUUCUGCAACAGGCCUUUUGCAUAUGCUGCUCUCUUCGGUAAUAUUCCUACUCUGUAGAAUAUUGACAUUAAAUCUCCCUUAUUCCUUAACUCUUAGUUAAAAUGUCCUUUGUUUCUUGAUUUCCCAAACUAAAUCAGGUGUUCCCAUUAUAUACUUUUAUAGCACUCUGCUCCCUCUCAUACAUAUUUACUUGAGUAAUUUUUAGUUAUUUUUUUCCCUGAUGGGCUGUAGUAACCACGAGGGCAGGGACUGCAUAUUUUUUUAGUUCAACAGUCAAUCUCCAGAUCUUUGCACAGUUUCUAAUAUACAGUAGGCACUGAAUCAACAUUUAUUAAAUGAGUGGCAAUUAAAUUUUUAUAUCCUUUAGACCAUGAUAGAAUAACAUAAACUAGAUUUGUCUUUUCUCCUCAAAUACUAGAAAACUGACAUAGAGUACAUGCAACAACAGUUUUCAGACAUUGGACAACAGAUAGCACUGGAUAGAGAUUCCCACAGAAAGGAAACCAAUCACAUAAGCACUUCCAUGGCCCUGGCUCAUUCCUCUAUGGGGAAAGGGAACCCAAACAACCUGGUAGUCCUGCUGAGCUUAGGAAAUUUGUGGAGAAACAUUCUAGAAAGGAAGUCGCUAUGGAGAGAGGGGAGAGAGUGAGAGAGUGAGUGCACACACAAGAGGGUAAGCGUGCCCUAGCAGGCAGGCAGCAGCGAUGGCCUGAAUGUUUGCAUCUCCCCAGAAUACAUGCAUUGCAGUUCUAACCCUCAGGUGAGGGUAGUAGGAGGCAGGGUCUUGGGGAGGUGAUGAAUUCAUGAGGGCAGAACUCUCAGGAUGGGAUUAGUGCCCUUAUAAAAUGGGCCCAAGGAGCUUGUUUAUAACUUCUUCAGUCAACUGAGGACACAGUGAAAAGUGCCAACCAUGAACCAGAGUGAACUCUCUUCGGAUACCCUAUCUACUGGUGCCUUGACUUGGACUUCUUUGCCUCUAGAACUGUGAGAAAUAAAUUUAUGCAGUUUUUCA